AAACAUGUGAAUGGCGACAUUUGCCUCGUCAAAAAAAGCCAAGCAUUUGUAGGGGCUUGGAGCUUGCGGCAAGUGGCAAGGUGCGGACAUGGCAUUAGCGAUUGCUCAUUUUGAAUGACGCUAGCAUUUGUUGCUAUGACAACACUCGACAACCAGUCACGCAGCCACUGUGCUGCGGAAAAAGCGGCAAAAGUUGUGUAUAACCUACAUAACCCUACCUUUUCAAGUUGCUUUUCGUUUUUCCCAAAAAUAAAAAUUGUUGUCAUCUUGUAAUCCAAAAAGUAAAUCCAGUCGUGAAAAGACUAAUAAAAAAAGUACUAAAAUGACUGAGGAGGCUCGUAUGCAAUUACCAUCAACUUUUGAAUUUCCAUUUCCACCAUACAACAUUCAAGAGGAGUUCAUGAAAAAUCUUUAUUUUGUUUUGGAAAACAAAAAGUUAGGCAUAUUCGAAAGUCCGACAGGAACGGGUAAAUCCUUGAGUAUUAUCUGUGGUGCUAUAAAGUGGUUGAAAGAUCAUCAGAAGUUUGAACAUGAACAACUUCAACAAUCAAUGGCUCAACUUCAAUCUCAAAAAGAACAACUUUCAUCAAACACUACAGAUUGGUUGGUAUCUCAAAGCAAAGAGAUAGAAGUUACUCAACAGUUACAUCUGUUGAGACUUCAAGCUGCAAAGAUUGAAGAGUACAAUAAGAAAAUAGAAGAUAUUAAAAAGUUUAAACAAAGCAACUUGCAGAAAAAUUGGCGCAAGCCAAAUUCUACUGCAGAUAAAAAGUCUGAUGAGGUUGCAACUGAGGAUGACAAUUUAGAUGAAGAUGAUUUAUUGCCAGAAACUGUUACUAUGAAUGACGAGUUGGAAGAACCAAAAGAAGAAGCCACUGAUACUAAAUAUGAACCAAUCAAGAUAUAUAUUUGCAGCAGAACACAUUCCCAACUAGCACAGUUUGUGGGUGAAAUCAUAAAGUCACCAUAUGGUGAAAAUGUUAGAGUGACUUCACUAGCUUCUAGGCAAAGCUACUGUAUCAAUCCUGCAGUGCAGCAGCUGAAGAAUAUGUCAUUAAUGAAUGAAAGGUGCUUGGACAUUCAGAAAAAGCAGAAAAACACCACGAAAAUAGAUGAGGACAAGAGAGCUGUAAAGAAAUCAAAAGGGUGCAGUAAUUCGUGUCCAUAUUUUCGACAAGCUGGUAUAGAAAAUUUGCGGAAUGUAGCUCUAAGUAAUGUAUUGGAUGUUGAAGAUUUGGUUAGAUGUGGAAGAGAUUUGCAGGCUUGUCCGUACUAUGCUAGCAGAAAAGCAGCCGAAGAUGCAGAAGUAAUUUUGAUCCCAUACAACACUCUACUACAUAAAGCCACAAGAGAGGCUAAUGGUAUCAAUCUGAAAAAUAACAUUAUCAUAAUAGAUGAAGCUCAUAAUCUUCUGGAGGCUUUAGCACAAAUGCAUGCUGCAGAAGUGUCGUAUGGACAUUUAUAUCAUGCUCUCCACCAAAUGCGAUCUUAUAAGGAAAAGUUUAGUAGUAGAUUCUCAGCAAAAAAUUUACUGAUGAUCAAUCAGUUCAUUUACGUGAUAAAUCAGCUUUUUUCUUUGAUAGAUAACGAAAAUAGUAGAAUUGAAAUAUUCACUAUAGACAACUUCGUAUCAGCUGCAAAAAUUGACAACUAUAAUAUGUUUAAACUAGUAUCCUUUUGCAAAGACUCCAGAUUGGCGCAUAAGAUAAGAAGUUACAGCAUAAAGUAUCCUGUUGAUGAGUCUACCAUUAAUAAACCCAAGACUCCAGGAUUAAAGACUUUUCUAGCAAGCAUAGAAAAUAAGAAGAAUAAUUCCAAAACUCCUCAACCUGAGAAAGAGGCACCAAAAAUACCCGUUGUAGGAAACCCUAUGCUGGCUGUGAUUUCAUUUUUGGAAGCUUUGACUAACGCAUGUGAAGAUGGAAGAAUACUUUUGAAAAAGGGGAUUGAAAAGCCACAAUACAAGUUUCAAUUCAUGCUAUUGAAUCCGUCAUCAAGAUUCGAGGAUAUUGUUAAAGAAGCCAGGUCGAUAAUUGUAGCAGGAGGUACCAUGAAGCCAAUUGCCGAGUUUAGGGAUCGAUUGUUGAUUAAUUCAGGAGCUGCGCCUGAGAGAAUUGUUGAAUUUUCAUGUGACCAUAUUGUCCCUCCCGAAAAUAUUCUGCCUAUCGUAAUGACGAAAGGCGCUGAUAAGGAAAGUUUGCUGUUUAAUUUCGAAAAAAGAAUGUCUAUGGGUGGCAGUUUGAAGAAGAUUAUUCUACAAGUAUGUAAAGUAGUUACAGGUGGCAUAGUGGUAUUUUUUCCAUCAUACCAAUAUGAAAACUGGAUUUGGCAGCAGAUGAAGGACCUGCAGUUUGGAAGAGCGGUGUUUAGGGAGCCGCAAAGUGCGUCAAUGGUGGAUUCUGUUUUACAGAAAUACGAAAAUGCUAUUAAAAGGCCGAAUAGUCAAGGAGCAUUAUUGUUCAGUGUUGUAGGUGGAAAAUUAAGUGAAGGCCUCAACUUCAGUGACGAUUUAGGUAGAUGUGUUGUAGUUGUUGGAUUGCCUUACCCCAAUGUCAAAGCAGUGGAUUUGAAAGAGAAGAUGGAAUACUUGGACAGAACUGAGGGUUCAGGAGCUGGUCAAAAGUUUUAUGAGAAUCAGUGCAUGAAGGCUGUGAAUCAAUGUAUUGGCAGGGCUGUCCGGCAUAGAAAUGACUUCGCAGCUGUGCUAUUAUUGGAUGAAAGAUAUAAUAGGAUGUCCGUAAAGAAUGCUCUGCCAAACUGGAUCAAGAGAUCGUUAAAAACAUGUGAAUAUGAGGAAUGUUUCAAGCAAAUAACUCAGUUUUUUACCAGAAGGAAAUAAUCCAAGAGAAAGGAGCAGUGCUGAAAAUAUUUACCGUUAAUAAUAAUUAUAUUUAAACAUAAGAAAUAUGUGAUAUAAAUUUUCAAAGGACUGUUUUUUUACAAUAUUGUAGCUUGUAAAUAUAUGAAUAUACAAAAGUUAUC